UUACCGAUACACUUCUUCAGUUUUCAUGUGACCUAGUUCGCGGAUCCAUCUCUCCCUUCCCUCGGCUGACACUGACAGGCAAAAUGUUUCUCUUUUUCUUGACUUUGUUUUCACCAACCACUUGGACUUUGCUGGCAGUGUUUUUUACCCUACUAAUGCUGUAUGGCAUUUGGCCAUUUAAGUUCUUCAAAAAAAUGGGAAUACCCGGACCAAGACCAAUGCCUUUUAUUGGAACAAUGCAUAACUUGAGAAAGGGUCUUGUUGCUUUUGAUCGUGAGUGCCAAACCAAAUACGGGGACGUGUGGGGAUUGUAUGAUGGACGUACACCGACGUUAGUAGUGUCAGACCCUGAGAUCAUAAAAACUGUGUUGGUCAAGGAGUGCUACUCAACUUUUACCAACCGCAGGGACAAUACAGUGGCAGGACCUUUAGAUGAUGCAGUAACAACUGUCAAAGACGAAAGGUGGAAAAGAAUUCGGAGCUCUUUAUCACCAUGCUUCACCAGUGGAAGACUGAAACAGGUUUUUCACAUCGUUGCUCGUUAUGCAGACCGACUUGUUGAAAAACUUGGAAAAAACAAUUUGGAUGAGCCAGUCAACAUUAAACAAUUCAUGGCACCUUACAGUUUGGACGUUAUUACCAGUGUGUCUUUCGGUGUUGAGGCAGACUCCAUAAACAAUCCAGAUGACCCACUUGUUGUUCAUCUCAAAAAGAUUAUGAACUUUACAUUUUGGCCAUUAUUUGUAUUAAUGGUAUUUCCCUUUGGUGCCCGUCUGUUGAAACUCCUAGAUAUUGACUUUAUGCCCAGACCCAGUGUUGAUUAUUUCUACAACAUCAUCAAGAAAUUGAAACACCAGCAUCAGUCUGAAAAAUCACUCCAAGCAGACUUCCUGCAGGUGAUGAUUCAAAACGAGAUUCCAGAUUCAGAGACAAAAAAUGAACAAGAGCAGCCAAGUAAAGGUUUGACCGAACACGAGAUACUUUCCCAGGCUUUCAUCUUCAUCUUUGGUGGCUAUGAAACCACCAGUGCCACUCUCAGUUACAUCCUUUACAACCUGGCCAUCAACCCUGAUGCCAUGCAGACCUUGCAGGAAGAAAUUGAUACCAACUUACCAAAAGAUGCUCCCAUAUCUUACGAGGAUCUGACCAAUCUAGAGUACCUGGACCAUGUUAUUAAUGAGUCAAUGCGAUUGAUUCCUACUGCACCACGGCUUGAGAGGAUGUGUAAAAAAGCUGUCCAGGUCCACGGCCUCAACAUCCCUGAAGGAACCCUUAUUGGGAUUCCUGUGAACAUUCUACACAUGGACCCACGAUUUUGGACUUCACCUGAGAAGUUCAGACCAGAGAGGUUCAGUAAAGACAGCGGUGAGGAAGUGAACCCAUAUGCAUUCAUGCCGUUUGGGCUCGGUCCUCGUAAUUGCGUCGGGAUGCGUUACGCCAUCCUCACUAUGAAGUUGGUUAUUGUCCGUCUCCUGCAGAGUUACUCUUUGGAAACAUGCAAAGACACCAUGAUUCCUUUGGAGUUUGACUGGAAGUUUCAGCCAUUAAAGCCAAUAAAGCUCAGUUUUGUCCCCAGACAACAGUAGUUCAAGACAGAGCAUCUCCAAACAUACCAAUACUUCUGAGUUCCUGUUAAACUCAAAACACAGUAUGGAUAGUUUUUCUUUGUUUACUAUCAAAUGUAACUUUCUUAUUCCAUGUUUCUUUAAUAAAUUAAAGUUGAUGGAUCCAUGCCAAUGCACAAUACCUGCAUCACUGUGAUUUCACAAAGUUUUUCUGUCCAACAAGUUUCCAAUAAA